GUGUCACUCUCAGCUGCUGCCGCGCUCAGCUGCGCCCAGCUCCCAGCUGCGUCCGACCACCGGCGAUGAUUAACGGUGUCGCAAAAAGCGUUGCGAAGCGUCGAUUCGCGUUAGUUGCUUCAACAUAAGCGCGGUCGACGGUCGACAUGGAUCACGUCGCGGUGGAGCCGACGAUAAGUCGUACCUGCUUACUUCUCGUCAUCGUGAUACUUUUCUUCGCGAAUGCCGGCCGUUGUUUACGCGAGGAGGAAAGGGGUGUGACAACCGGUGACGGUUCGCCGGUGCCGGUGGUGCUCUGGCAUGGAAUGGGUGAUAGUUGCUGCUUCUCUUUCAGCCUUGGAAAAAUACAACGGAUCCUUGAAGCCGAAAUCCCUGGGGUUUAUGUCCAUUCCAUACGUAUUGGGAACAACGAGAUAGAGGAUGUUGAGAACAGCUACUUCGGAAAUAUUAAUGAUCAAAUAAAGCACGUGUGCGAGCAACUGUCGCAAGACACAAAUCUCCAAAAUGGAUACAAUGCCAUUGGCUUCUCACAAGGGGGUCAAUUCCUGAGAGCAGUAGCUCAGAGAUGCCCCAAUCCUCCAAUGUUGAAUUUGAUAUCUUUAGGCGGUCAGCAUCAAGGUGUUUUCGGUAUACCAAAGUGCUCAGAUACAUCUCGAUUAUGCAAUUACAUGCGUCGCAUGCUUCACCUCGGCGCAUAUUUAUGGUACGUUCAAAACUCGUUGAUACAAGCUUCUUUCUGGCACGAUCCCUUGCAGGAGGAUGAAUAUCAAAGGAAAAAUCUUUUCCUUGCCGAGAUCAAUAAUGAAAAUGUUAACAACACGGAAUAUAAGAAUAAUCUUCAAAAGCUUCGAGCUUUAGUUCUCGUUAAAUUCGAGAAUGAUACAAUGGUCGAACCAGUGGAGACAGAAUGGUUCGGAUUCUACAAGCCUGGCCAGGCCAAGGAGGUGCAGAAGUUGCAGCAAAGUGAGCUGUACCAACAGGACUGGCUCGGAUUACGCGCAAUGGAAAACGCCGGCAAGGUCUAUUAUCUUUCACUACCUGGUGAGCACUUGCAAUUUACGGCUGACUGGUUCAUCGAGAAUAUAAUUAAAAAGUAUUUAAUAUAAUUGAACAGAUCUAUUUAUAAGAAUUUAAGAAUUCCAUGACUUAGAUGACGUAGACGUGUGGUAUGCACGUAUAUAGUGUAAAAAGAGGAAUUUUAAUAAAAAAAAUUAUCCACUA